GAAAGAGGAGAUUCCAGCUCACAGAAAUAUGAAAUAACCACAGAAGAGGAAAUUAUAUCAAACACUGUUUCUCACUGUUUCUUUUUAGGGGGUCAGUUACGCGAGUACUUCGUAGCGGAGUUCUGCUUUCAUCUUUUCGAUAACUGGAUUAAUUUUAAUCAUGAGUUUGAUAUUUCUCGUUCCGUUUACGCGAAGGAAUGAUUAAUAAGUGACCUGAUCUAUCGCACCAGACCACUUUUUUAACGACAGAACUAUGGCCAAAAACAUUACAGACGUCUUGAGGGAUGAUUUAAGCAAGGUGUCGGAGGAGGAACUGCAGAAAUGUAGCAAAGAGGAGUUGCUGAGGAGACUCCGAAAAGUGGACGGCGAAAAGAUGAACUUAAUGCUGGAGCACGGCAACAUGAUGAAGGACGUCAACCGGAGACUGCAAGUACAUCUGCACGAAAUAAGGAGCUUGAAGGAGGUUAACCAGAAGCUGCAAGAGGACAACCAGGAGCUCAGGGAACUCUGCUGCUUCUUGGAUGAUGAUCGGCAGAAAGGGAAGAAGCUGUCCAGGGAAUGGCAGAGGUUUGGGAGAUACACUGCCAGCGUGAUGUGGAAGGAGGUCGGCGUGUUUCAGCAAAAACUGAAAGAGCUGGAGAGCAAUCAGGACAGUGUGAUGAGGGAGAACGUGGAGCUCAAGGAGAUCAUCAUUAUGUUGGACGAUGAGAGGAACGGAGCCGGAUCCAGAAGCUCCAUAGACAGUCAGUCGAGUCUGAGCAAUCUGAAUGGAGGUUCUGCCACUGUCAGGGAUGUUGGGGAUGGAAGCAGUACAUCUAGUACAGGCAGUGCUGGAAGCCCUGAUCACCACCACAGUCAUAUUCACAAGCCCACAGAGGGAAAGAUCACGUCUAUUAGAAGGUCUAUGGAUGAUUUAUCGACUAACCAUCUUCUUAGAAACAUCCCGAAUGGGCUGAAUGAUUCAUCAUCAAAUUACAUCCGCCAACUGGAGACCAAAGUGCGGAUUUUAGAGGAUGACAACAAGCAAUUGUUAUCUCAGCAGGGCAACGUGGGUGACCUGAAGAUGCUCCGGAAAGGUCUUUCUCUGUAUCACUCGGAGUCUCAGCUCUCCUCGCUUUCACAGUUUCAGGACACCUUACAAAACGGGUCUAUACGGAUGACUGGAGGUGAUCUGGCACCCGCCGUCACAGGAUACCUGCCCGCAGCACAGAAACCUGAGGCUGUUGUACAUGCCAUGAAAGUAUUAGAAGUGCAUGAGAACCUGGACAGGAAGAUCCCAGAGGACUAUGAGGAGGAUCUGAGCGAGAAAGAGAAAGCCAUUGUCAGAGAGAUGUGUAACGUGGUGUGGCGUAAACUGGGCGAUGCAGCAGGAACCAAGCCCUCCAUCCGCCAACAUCUUUCUGGAAACCAGUUCAAAGGCCCUUUGUAGCUCCAUGCCAGUGAGCGGCAGAGCCUCCAGCAAACAAACUAAUCUGUGAAAAUGACCACAGUCUCAGAUCUGGGCAACUUCACUUCUACUGCCAGCUUCUCUCAGCCUAUGGCGUUCAUUCAUUCCAGAAAUUUCACACCUGUUACCUACAACACCAGGUUUAAAAUAUCCCAGACUCACGAUUAGCACAAGCUGAAUCGUAGCUCUAUUUAUGUGCAUACCAUCCAAGUAUUCAUAAGAGGCAGCUUAAUGGAUUCGUUUCUCAUUCCUGAGCACACAGAUAGAUGAAGACACAAAGAUUACAACCUUAGUUUCCACUCCUGAAAGCUUUCUUAUUUUAGCACAAGACCGCUCCAUGUUAUUUAGUUAUAACACGAUUUUUCAUAGAGCCUUUACAGUACCGUUCAAAAGUUGAGUUUGUAAGAUUAAAAAACAAAGUAAUAAUAAAAAAGAGAAAAUAAAUAAUUAAAUGUAGCAUUUAUUUGGUCGAAAUACUGUAAAAUGCUAAUAUUGUAUGAUAUUAUAUUUAAAAAACUUAAUAAAAAAGAAAAACAUACAAAGAUGAUCAUAUUUGAAGAUUCAUGUCAUCUAAAAAAUGUGAAUAUAAAAUGCCAAAUUCAGAAGACCAGGAUGUAAAGGGGACUUAUUAUGCAAAAAUCACUUUUAUAAGGGCUAUAAACACAGUUGUGUGGCAACAGUCUGUGAAUAUAACCAGCUUCUACUGGUACAAAUUAAUUCAUCAAAUUUUUUAUUAUCACACAUGAUAAAAACAGUCUGCAGAAACACUUUGGUUGACAUUCUCCCUUUGUACAUGUCAUCAGAGGGGGAAAGUCCCACCCAUUAGUGAGGAUCUUAGCAUAGGAUAUUAGUCUUGUUUUUAAAUCUGCCACUAUGCUGACACACAGGCAUUUGUAGCUCUUUUGAAAAGACACAAUCUCAUUUGAAUUUAAAGUGACAGUCUCCAAAACGGCACAAUUAGGAUCAAAGCCUAAAAGAGGCAGUUUCAAAGAGUUAAAGACAUUAUUUGUGGGGUAUUUUGAGCUAAAACUUCACAUACACACUCUAAGGACAUUAGUUUCUUAUCUAACUUGAUAAAAACAGUCGGCAGAAACACUUUGAUUGACAUUUUCCCUUUGUACGUGCCAUCAGAGGGGGAAAGCCCCACCCAUUACUGAUGAUCUCUCCCUUAUUAGCAUUGGACGCUAUUCUUGUUUUUGAAUUAUUCUGACACAUAGGCAUUUGUAGCUCUACCUUAUUUUGAAAAGACACAAUCUCAUUUGAAUUUAAAGUGACCGUCAAAACGGCACAAUUUGGAUCAAAAACGGCACAAUUUGGAUCAAAGCUUAAAACAGGCAGUUUCAAAUAGUUAUUAAACAUUAUUUGUGGUGUAUUUUGAGCUGAAAACAUCACAUACAGACUCUAGGGAUAUCAGCAGAAAUGUCUGCAGAAACACUUUGAUUGACAUUCUCCCUUUGUACGUGUCAUCAGAGAGGGAAAGUCCCACCCAUUAGUGACGAUCUCUUCCUUAUUUGGAUAGGAUGUUUGUCUUGUUUUUGAAUCUGCUAUUAUGCUGACAUAUAGGCAUUUAUAGCUCCGCCCUCUUUUGAAAAGUGGGCUAGGGCCACAAUCUCAUUUGAAUUUAAAGCGACAGUCACCAAAACGGCACAAUUAGUAUCAAAGCCUAAAAGGGUCUUUUUCAAAGAGUUAUAAAACAUUAUUUGUGGGUUAUUUUGAGCUGAAACUUCACAUACACACUCUAGGGACACCAUCUUGUAAAAUGGGGCUGAACAGGUCCCCUUUAAAAAAAAAAAAAGAUUCAACAUUACGUGUUUUAACUUUUGAUUAAUUUGAAGAAGUCUUACUAAGCCCAAACUUCUGAACGGUUAAAUACUGUACAGUGUUUUAUUUGAACCACUCAAACCAAAAUAUUUCUUUUAUCAUAAUAAUUAUACAAUUGCCUGCCAAGUUUUAUUUUGUUAUCAAUUCUGUUUACCUGGGCUUAAUGGGUGUUCUUUUUGGAUCAUUCAGAUAAAAAAUAGCAUAUAAAGCAGUAAACUUGCAAAAGAAAAGUAAAGAAGUAGCUUUUGAAACAGUUCAUAAAUGCAAAUAACAAAAAGCUAAUGACUGCACAGUUAUUAUUUUAAAGAUCCUUGCAGGUCAGCUCAUGAAGCUUCAAAUAAGUAUUUUUCUGAACAAUAAUUAUAAAUGCCAGCUCAAAUUUCAAAGUAUAAUACUAAAUGUACUUUAAGCUGUAAACUGACAAUCGUGAUUAACUAAAGCUGCUUUUAAUCAUUCAUUUAUGUCUAUCAAAUGAUAGCAGAUGAAGUCUAAUGUGUCCCAGUGGAGUGCUUCCGAUUGCAUAUGAGACCUUUGUGGUAUCAUAAUAUAAUUGCAAGGACUGUUGAAUAUUUUUUAGGUCAACAGGUUGAGUGAACUGUAAAGAACUGGACAGCAGUUUAAGGUUGUAGAUACUGAAUAGGUGCAAUAGAGAAACUGCACCAGAUGAAUGGAGAUAUGGAAGUGUUGUGUGUGUUUUUCUGUUCAGUCUGAAAUAACAGAUGAUAUACAUCAAGCUUAAAGGGACAGUUCACCCAAAUAUGGACAUUUGCUGGUGGUUUAUUCAUCCUCAGAGCAUUCGAGAUGACUAUUAUAAAUAUUAGAAAAAAUUUGAAGCUAGUCAUUGGUGAUAAAUAAAAUGCAAGUCAAAGGAUACAAAUAAAUUGAUACCCAAAACUCUUGACUAAACACUGAGAUCUUAUGAAGCAGAACAAUCGACCUGUGCAAAAAACUGAACAUUAUAUAUAACAUUAUUACCUUUUACUCAGAUGUAUUAAUUUAGUGUUGCCUGUAUAUGUUUUACUCUUUAAAAUGCCAGUAUCUUAUACCAGUAUCUCAUACCAGUAUCUCAGUAUUUUAUGAAUCACCAAGGACCACAGUUUAAGGAACAAAAAAGUGUUUAAUUUUCUAAUGAAUAAUAAAAAUAAAAAGUCAUUAUAGUUGAAGGCCAACUUUUUAGCCCUCCCGUGAAAUUUGUAUUCUUUACCAAGUUCAGUUUAACAAAGCAAGGACAUUUUUACAUUAUUUCCUAUUCACCUUAUUCUUUGCGUACGAGCGGGCGCAGCCAUUUGAAUCUUUUUGGCUCAAGACUUCCGUUCUCAUUUACUUCCAUUCAUUGUUAGAUGUUAAAAACAGCUCGUUCUGCUGCUUGAUGUUCCAAACUGAUCUUUUCUUUUUAUAUUAUUCGGCUUUGUUUGUAUAGUCAUGAGCACACUUGUUUGUAGAGCGAGUAGUUUGACUAUUUCCUGCUGUUCAUUAUUUCUAGUCAUUUCUCCCAUAGGCAACUGAAUCGGAAGUUCUAAAACAAUCGUAAAACGAGCGCACUCCCGCAUUGAAGAAUAAGGUCAAUAAGCUUAAUGUAAAUUUAUUUAUUUGUUUCUUUUUGAUUAGCUAGAAUAUAUACACUCACCGGCCACUUUAUUAGGUACACCUGUCAACUGCAAAAUAGCCAGUGAGUGGCAGUUCUGUGGGUGCAAAUGCCUUGUGGAUGCCAGAGGUCAGCGGAGAAUGGUCGGACUGGUUUUAGCUGAUAGAAAGGCAACAGCAAAUCAAAUAACCACUUGUUAUAACUGAGGUAUGCAGAAGAGCAUCUCUAAAUGCACAACAUGUUGAACCUUGAGGUGGUUGGGCAACAGCAGCAGAAGAUCACACCGGGUGCCACUCCUGUCAGCUAAGAACAGGAAACUGAGGCUACAAUUUGCACAGGUUCACCAAAAUUGGACAAUAGAAGAUUGGGAAAACGUUGCCUGGUCUGAUGAGUCUCAAUUUCUGCUGCGACAUUUGGAUGGUAGGGUCAGAAUUCAACAACAUGAAAACAUGGAUUCAUCCUGCCUUGCAUUAACGGUUCAGGCUACUGGUGGUGGUGUAAUGGUGUGGGGGAUUUUAAAAAUGGGGGAUUUUCUUGGAACGCUUUGGGCCUAUUAGUAUCAAUUGAGCAUAUUGUCAAAGCCUCAGCCUACCUGAGUGUUGAGUAUUGUAACUGACCAUAUCCAUCUCUUUAUGACCACAGUGUACCCAUCUUCUGAUGGCUACUUCCAGCAGGUGUCAUGUCAUAAAGCACGAAUCAUCUCAGACUGGUUUGUUGAACAUGACAAUGAGUUUACUGUACUCAAAUGGCCUCCACAGUCACCAGAUCUCAAUCCAAUAGAGCACCUUUGGGAAGUGGAGGAACGGGAGAUUCGCAUCAUGGAUGUGCAGCCGACAAAUCUGCAGCAACUGUGUGAUGCUAUCAUGUCAAUAUGGAGCAAAAUCCUGGAGGAAUAUUUCCAGUACCCUGUUAAAAUCUAUGCCACGAAGGAUUAAGGCAGUUCUCAAAGCAAAAGAGGGUCCAGCCCGGUACUAGUAAGGUAUACCUAAUAAAGUGGGUGGUGAGUGUAUGAAUACAUAUAUAAAACUGCUUGGGUCAAUAAUAUUAGCCCCUUUAGGAAACAAUUUUUUGAUGACUUGCCUAGUUAACCUAAUCAACCUUUAAAUUGCACUUUAAGCUGAAUGCUAAUAUCUUGCAAAACAACUAGUAAAACAUUAUGAACUGUCACCAUGCAAAGACUAAAGAAAUUAGUCACUAGCAAUUACUUAUUAAAACUAUUAUGUUCAUUAAUAUCCUCUCUCCGUUAAACAGCACUUUAAAUAAUUAAAAAUUCACAGGAGGGCGAAUAAUUUUAUCCUAAAGAUAAGAAUAUCAAAACAAAUGUUAUUUUUAGGUGAACUAUCCCUUUAACGUUUCUACAUAUACUAAAUGAAAUCUGAGCAUACAGUAUGCGGCGAUAGAAACUGGAGAAAGUUUAAGGUUUGCAUUAUUAAUAAUGAGCUCAUUUUGUGUACAAUGUCUAAUUCAGCUAAAGUUCAUGAGAAUUAUUGAGCAAUAUUUUGUCAUUUGUGUGUGUGUGUGUACGUGCUGUACAAGGCAUAGCGAAGUCUUAUGAAUAAGAGGGCAGUAAAUGAGGUGUCUUUUGAGUUUUGUGUGUUCCAAUUCAGAUCCAUUAUCUGCGGACACAAGAACUGCCUCAAAAGAUGCUUGCUGCAUUCCCACAAAAGCUCUCAUUUUUCAAAACCACUGACCCGAUAAGCCAUAAUUUUGUAUUGUUCGUUUAAAUCGAAGCUAUUUCCAGCAUCGCCGAAAUCCCUCAGCCGAUCUAGUUAUUUUUGUAUUGAAGCUGUCCAGAUUUUCAUUGAAAACUGUUUAUUUAUGAGAGCAGUGCUGGAUUGAAAUAACAUCCGGAUGGUUUUGUUCACACUGGAUGCAGCAGGUGACUUUUGGUGGUGUGUGUUUUUUAUUUUUGUUUUGUGUGGGAACACAAUGAGCAGCAAACAUUUCAAUAAGUACAUCAAAUAAUGUCUUAUUUCUUUUAAUGGUAAGAAUAUGCGUUGAAUUUGGGUCAGUAUCACAGUAUGUGCUGUUAACAACAGUGAAUAUUGUCUCGGUUAAACUGUGAAGUGUUUAUUGCGAACACACUACCGGAAAUAAUCGUUUAUUCAAACUAUUUUUUUGAAACUCAUUUAAAAGUGUCCUUUACAAACAGAUCUAGUCUUCGCAACUACUGACUUUUAUUUUGUAUUUAAGUUUAAAGCACAACAGAAUCUGAAAUGCUGACGUUUGGCUGUUUUCUUUUUUUUUUUCAAACGCACUGCUUCUUUUGCGAGUGAGGAUUUGAUGUUUGGAUGUCCUGUGUAGCUCAUCUGUAUGUGAAACAAUGAAGUUGUAUUCUAGGACAGGACAAUUCAGCGCUGUGUAAAUAACUACUCUUACUGUAGAAUACCUGUAACUAGCAUGCCUUUAUAUAUUUUUUAUUAAGCUGUAUGUAGCUGAGAAUGGACCUGUAUUUUAGCUAAUAAAAUUCUAAAUAAAUUGCAAAUAACCCUCUUGUAGAUUUUAAAUA